CGUCCAAGUAACGCGCUCGUUUCUGUGCACGUGUUCCUGGCUGCGACACCUCCGCGUUGGGAGAGCUGAGCGAGAGAAGUUGCGGGAUGUCGAUGCGGGUUUAGGGAGAGUGGGGACUGCAUCCCUCCGGGUCGCGAACAUGCCCUCCUGACUGUUGCCACCAUUCUAUCUACCUACGUAUUUCAUUUCGGGUCUUACGUUUAAUUUGUUGUGGUGGUUGGUGGUUUUUGAAUACCGAUUCAUAGUGCAGUGGGAUUUGUUGCCAUGAUUAUAUCCAAAGAUCUGUUCUUGCUGGGGGACCAAGACUACUUGAGACUCCCGAACAAAGACGAAAAGAGGCCAGCGAUGAUAAGACCCGCCGUUAAACCACAAAGGGUAGACACGACAGCGGUGCACUUUCCAAGUUUUGUGACAGACCAUCGUCCACUACCUGUGCAUCUGGCUUUCCGUGGUAUUUCUGUUAGCGCGGGAACGCGCCAGAUCCUACAGGAUGUCGACGGUCUGGUCCGACCGGGACAGAUACUCGCCGUAAUGGGACCGUCCGGCUGCGGCAAAACCACCCUUCUUAACACGCUGAGCGGACGCUUGAAACUUGAUUCCGGACAAAUAUUCCUCAACAGAGAUCCGAUGUGCAAACGAUGGAAGAGGAAGAUCUGCUACGUUCUGCAGCAGGACAUUUUCUUCCCGGACUUGACCCUGCGUCAGACCUUGGAGUACACAGCAAGACUGAGACUGCCCGACACUAUGAGUUACACGCAGAAAAUGCAGUACGUGGAUCAUAUAAUCGAAGUGUUGGGUUUGGUUCAUUGUCAAGACACCAUCAUCGGAGAUUAUAUCAAACGUGGAUUGAGCGGCGGUGAAAAGAAACGGGCCAACAUUGCCUGCGAACUUCUCACCAAUCCUUCCCUCAUGCUCUUAGACGAGCCGACCUCUGGAUUAGACUCACACGCAGCUCACAGCUUGAUGUCGACUUUGAAAAGAUACGCCGUGUCGGAGGGUAAAACGGUGGUGAUAACACUACACCAACCCUCUUCCCAGAUAUUCCAUCUAUGUGAUAAGCUUUUGCUGCUUUGUAAUGGACAAACCGCCUACUUUGGGGACACAUGCAAAGUCGUGGACUUCUUCAGUAACAUUGGAUUGAACAUAAUGCCUCAUUAUAAUCCAGCGGAUUUCAUACUGGAACAAGUAAAAGGAUCUUCGGAUUUACGACAAAGGAUAAUUACAGCGGCGCGAGAGAUGAGAAAGAAUAAGGAUUAUCCAAUUGAACUCUCGGGCCACGACUGUCCUUACAUCACAGAAAAAUAUAACGAUCACAACAAUAAGAUUUUGCCCACACAUGCAGCAUAUCGUAGUUUAGAUCAAGACGCAUUAAACACGAUGGAACAAGACGUACGACGAUUAUGGUUGGAUACACACUCCCACGCCUCAUCAUCUGUGAGUUCAGAAACCAGCGACUCCGACUGCUACUUUUCUUGGCCAACCAGUUUCUGGACACAGUUCAAAGUGUUGUCUCAGCGAAACUUUCAAGAAGCCAGACCUAGAAUGUUGUCAAAAUUGAAUUGGGUACAAACAAUAGGACUGGGACUUUUGGCAGGUCUUCUCUGGUUUCAAUUAGACAGAAAGGAGGAAGCUUUGCAUGAUAUACAAGGCUGGAUGUUUUUCUCGACCACAUAUUGGAUGCUGUUUGCCCAUUUCGGAGCUUUAAGUUCAUUUCCACCAGAAAGAGAAGUGAUCAACAAAGAACGACAAUCAGGUGCUUACAGAUUGUCAGCUUAUUACCUGGCAAAAAUGGUUGGAGAAUUACCUUUAACCAUAACUUUACCAGCGGUCUACCACCUCAUAUCAUACCCCAUGCUAGGUUUUCAUUCACCUGUAGUCUUCCUAACGUUAUUGGGAUUCCUACUGCUUAAUACCAUAGUAGCACAGUCAGUCGGAUUUUUCAUAGGUGCGUGCUGUAUGGAUAUGCAAGUCAGCAUAACUAUCAGCGCUUUAUACACACUCGCCACGCAACUUUUCGGGGGAUAUUUGGCUACAAAUAUUCCCGCAUGGUUAACGUGGAUGCGAUACAUGUCCAUGGUGCAUUACGCCUAUCAAAACAUGCAAAUUGUCGAGUUCAGCGAAGGACAUCCCAUACAGUGUGGACAUCAGUCGAAAUUCGAAAUUUGCUCGGAUUCCGAUCACAUACCGGUAUCGGCGAUCUUGGAGGCGCAGGGUGCAUAUUUGCCUCUUUGGGCGAACACCAUCGUACUGAUGGCGUUCCUCUUCGUCUUCCGCAUCCUGGGAUACGUCGUUCUGCGAUUCUUCAAAACACCCAAGUGACGACAGGCUUCGUAACGCGUCGAACCAAUGUGAUAAUUACAAUAGAUAUUAAAUCAAAAAAUUCUUUUUUCGUUGCGCGUAGAGAUGUUCAAUGGACAGUUGUGACUGCAAUUUUUUUGUAAGAAAACAUGAACAGGCUGUGCUUAUAUACUGUAAUUUUAAGUUUAAUUUUAAUUGUUCAUUCCGGCGCGCGCGAUUCGGUUUCGCGCGUUUCCUUUUUAAUUAAAUGAAAUGAUGAAAAUGAAAAUGAAUGACGAGGAUGCACAGUGCCUUUGAAAAAAGAUGUGCCAAUUCGAAAUUACAUAUUUAACCAGCUAUGGUACUGCCACAGAAACCGAAAAUGUAUUAAUAGUGCACUGCGUUUUAAGGGUCCCAGGAACCUCCCGACAACGGAUUCAAACUAUGUGGUGCUAUUUUAUGCGAAAAUCACAACAAAAUGGAAAUUUAUGAAAGGACGUAUUUCGAGGUGAAGUUUUUACCUCCACCCCGAAUGUACAUAGUUUUUUUUUUGUUUUUUAAUCUGGUAAAUUCAUAUGCAGUUCGGUUGUUCGUGGACUGACUUCUUUUUAUUAUUAUUAUUAUUAUUAUUAUUAUUAUUAUUAUUAUUAUUCUGGAAAUACAUACGUUUAAAAUGAUUUGUUACUGUGAUAGAAUGAUAGAUAGAGUUACAAAUGUUCGCAUCACGUGUUCGAGCAAUAAGUUUUUAUGGAAAAGACUGUCUCAUACGUAAUUUUUCAUAAAUUUCCAAAUACUCAAAACAAGUUUUUAUUGUAUAUUUUUUAUUUUAAUCUUAGGAUAAUCAUAGACGAGACGUGGAUCUUGGCGAAUUGUUGAUUAUUGUUACUUUGUCAGACUUAUUCCAGGUGAAGUCUUUAUACGGAUUAGUUCAACCACUCAGUAUGUUUUUAAGGUUUAUUUUUUGUGUAAUUCAGUGAAUCAAGAAAUUACCUGAUCAUUAAUGUUUACCAAUCAAAGUGUUCUACCACUUAGUCAAAGAUUUGCUCUGGAUUGACGCUCAGGUCGCAGUUUUUUUUAGUUUGUACAGAUAUAUAUUUAUUGAGUGCGGUCCUGAUCGGUCGCCAGGGUUGUAAUAUAACCAUAUAAAUAAUCUUUCUGCGAAUAUUUGCCUUUUUAUUGUUAUUAUUAUUUUUGUGUAAAUAAAAUUGUUUAUUUCGGACCGAAAAACGCAAAAAUCUUCCACGAUCUUCAGGCAUCGGGAUGAUUUUUGAUCGGCUUGUUGAAAAUUAUUACCUUAAUAUCGGGGCAAUUAGGAUUAAUGUGUCGGUUGUCGUAGUUCCGACAAUCUUAGUCAAAUUUCUCGUUUUGGACCAAAAAUUUUUAAAUGUUUAACACUCUAUAUGCCUUUCUAAAUGUUUCGCACCGUAUAUACCGAACCGAUUUUUGUAUAUAUCGUCCUAAUUGUUGUUACCAGGAGGCUCAAUCCACUAAAAAAAUCGUAGGAGAUUCUAAACUAUUUAAAUAUCUAGGAUAUAAACGUAAUAAUUUCUCCCCUACACACAUGUUUAAAGGUAUUGUUGGCAGAAAUAUUUAUUGAGAUGUUUUUAGAGCGUAAGUUACACGACCAAACGUAAAACUGCCAUUUAUUCAAGACAAAUUUAAAUUCUAAUGCCAAGCUGUUAUUAACUGAAAUUUUGAAAAUUCGAAAGACUUUAUGUAAUUAAGAUAUCAAAUGUUUAUCAUAUCAUAUGUCGCUAUAUUAUUCUAAUCUCACCUAGAUCAUUUUUUCGACUCCGAAUCUAACGUCAUCACUACGUUUCCGUUCAAAUUAAUCGCUUUAAUUACUUUUUUAUUAUUUCCAAUUAAAUUCGAAACGUUUGAUCCGGAGUCACGGUAAAGUAAUUUAUAUACUUCCAUGUAUGUAUAUGUAUUGUACAAAGACAAAUCCUGUAAGUUAUAGCUAGUCCUAGGUUCUCAUUCUACUAGGAACUAUUUAUAUAAAUCAAUAAAGAGUUUAUUAAUAUGA